GUCCCGGUGUAAGCAGAGCGGCGCGGAGCUCAGACCAGAAACACCUGAGCUCCCGUUACUACCGAGACACACGGAUACACUUUGCAACGUUAUAGAGGUCAUAAGACGCUUCAUAACGGGCUGCACGCGACAGGAAGAUUCAUUUUUGCACGUUUGUCUCUUCAUUUCUUGCACUGACUUGGAUACUAGUUUGCUGUUGUUGUUUUUUUUCUUUUCUUUUUUGACUUUACGGGGCUCGAGCACUUGGGACUGCUGCGAUGCGGUUAUUAACGGAACUCUAGUCAGCUUGCGGUUGACAUUUCUCGGAUAGCGCGCGAGCCAUUUAAGGAGCUCUGCUUUCAGUUUGCGUGCAGUGCCAAGCGGCCAACAUCAGACGCUCACUCGGAAUUAAACGCAUCAACAACAUUAAUAUUAAUAAUAAUAACAACAACUUUUUUCCCCGCUAACGGCGAACAAGCGUGUGUCCAGGGGCGGGGGUGGCAGCCGGUUCUUGCCUGCAGCGCGCGCGCGCUCUAACUAAAUGCCCGGCCGCUCGCGGGACUCGCAGGGCUCUCGAGGCUGGACGGAGAGAUGAGCUCGUGGGUCGUGCUGCUCGUCGCGCUCGUGGCGUGUCUGCGAUUUGGCGGCGCUCAGGGAUCUCUCCUUUUGCUACACCUGUCGGCUUCGAGUGCAGUUUUAAACCGAAUCCCAGCCCUGCUUUCAUCGACCUAUCCAUCAUCUCCCGGCCUAUUCGUGUGACGUGAGGAAUCUAUGCAGGCUAUAUGUGUACGUCUGAGCCACCUGCCAAGAUCAGCAUACAGGAUUUCUUUAUGUCUGGACUGGCGGUUUGCCACGAGGUUCGGCAGAGCGCCGACCCUGUCCCCGUGUCUCUGGUGAAUUUGGUGAUGAACUCUCCCAUCUCAUCCAUGAAGGAUCUACAGGAGCUGCUGGACGUUCACUCCGUAGAAGAAGAAGAGGACGAGGAUCAUUCCAAUGGAACGCAUAAACGCCUUCCCAGAAGUCUCGGUGAUGUACAGAUGGCUCAGCCGGCUGUGUGUAAGGUGCGAACUGAGGUGAUGGAGGUUACGCGCUCCAUGUUAGACCGAAGCAAUGCUAACUUCCUGCUCUGGCCACUUUGUGUGGAGGUGCAGCGCUGCUCAGGCUGCUGCAACACGCGGACGCUGCAGUGUGUGCCCGUUUCCACCGAGACGCGCCAUCUACAGAUGACUAAGAUCCAGUUCGUCAACAGACAACCCUUCUACGAGAAGGUCGUCUUACCUGUGGAGGACCAUCUCAGCUGUAGCUGUAAACCACGCACUGUCAGUCACACCACUUGGACGAAGACCACGACGUCCCCACCUCCUCCCCCCAGACUCGUCAGCAAACCCCCCAUCUCCAGGAGUCAAUCAAAAGAGGAGUUACAUCGCCACGACGACCUGAAACACAACCAGAGGUUCCAGCUGGAGGAUCGAGAGACUCAGUGGCAAUCGAAAUACACACUGUCGCACACGCAGAGAGCGCCCGUACACACGCCCGUACGCACGCCCGCACACACGGAAGACGCAUCGACGAGGCACGCGAGCUUUGGCGUAACACGUAUGCUGAGCGACACGACGCAACACCUCACACCGACGCAAGAGCACCACAGACACCACUCGGAGCCGGAGAAGGUUCAGGAACACCACGGGCACUCUGGCAGUGGCGACAACAAGAUAAAAUCCACAGCAAGCGGAGAACACACAGAACAUCGUCAGCAUCACCACGACAACCACGAAGCAGUGACAAAACACAGCCAUGAGCUGACUGAAUCACACGCCACUGAGCAUCACCACAGCCAAUCAGACGUGACGCUUCACCACAGCAGCCAAUUGGAAGCCCCAGUGAUCACCUUUAGCCACGUAGAGGUCAUUGGCCAGUCAAGCGGCCAAAGCGAGAUGCCUAGCCAAUCGUCAACGCCCAGUUUGCACCAAUCAGAAGAGAAGGACCAGCUCCAAAGCCAAUCAGAGGCAGACAAGCUAUCAGAGUCGGGGCAGGAAAAAGUAGAGCAUCACCAUCAUCACCAUCAUCAUCAUCAUCCAACACAAGCUGGCACACAAAGAGCAGUGACGAACGCUCCUGCCGGCACGCCUCCUACGCCUCACACACCCCCUCCCGCCGUUCCUCAGCGGAAACGAAGGAGAAAGCAAAGGAGGAGAAUGAGCAAGUCCGCCAUGAGGGCCAUGAUCAUGGUCAUGUCCUAAACGAACCGGCACUUUGCCAUCACGGACCAGAAGAAACCCGGAGAGACGCUGGACACCGCACAGACACAUACACUGACACACUGGAAAUAUUGCUCACAGUAACUGGAAAUGGCUUCGAUCUCUGACACCUGAACUCCAAAUGACUACGUUUCCCAGCAGCCAGCACGGCCAAGAAGCUUCGACGGUCGGCACUAUGGGAUAUCCUUAGUCUUCAUUGCACAUGAAAGUGACACUGCUGACACAGCCGGCCAAAUAAUGAGACUGCAUGGAAACCAAUGCAGGGAGCAUUUGCCAAAUACUGAGAUUGCAUCUAAUACAAAGCAGACAGCCUUCCAAAAAAUGAGACUGCAUCUCAAAGUAUGAGGAGUCAGCCUGCCAGAUAAUGAGAUGGCAUCUAAUACAAAGCAGACGCAACCUGCCAAAUAAUGAGACUGCAUGAAAAUCAAUGCGGGAUGAUUUGCUAAAUCAUGAGAUCGCAUCUAAUACAAAACUAGAGAUACCGCCUGCCAAAAAAUGCUACUGUGUCUCUAACUAUGAGGAGUCAGCCUGCUGAAAAAUGAGACUGCAUCAAAAUCAAUGCAGACACAACCUGCCAAAUAAUGAGAUUAUUGCCUAAAACACAUUAUGUAACACAGGCUGCCAAAUAGUGAGACUUAAUUAUAAGAUAAAUAUGUAAAGACUAUGACGGAUUCUUAACCCACACUUGCAAAAUAAUGAGCAAUAGCGACUAGUGGUGUGUCAUGGUGUCGUGUCUCUCGGAUUAUUUUGUGGAAAAAAUGUGGGGGGCGGCGGGGGGGUGGGGGGGUGGAUGUCCAAUGCGGACUAUAAACUGCAUUUACAAGCAAGUCCCGGUUACCCUGGACUGCAACAGAGCAGAUUAAAUCUUACACCUGUGGCCGAUCGAGAUACCUGGAUGCUAUUGAACGGACAUAAGGACUUGAGCCGCAACUUUACUGGGAGUGUUAAAUAUUACACAAAUUAAUUUAAAACCUAAUGCCAACCUCACCUUCGUCACGUACUGCUUGCUUGUAAAGUGUUAUUGUGUUGAAUAGAGUCAAAUCGCAACAUAACUGAGACGUCGCGCACUGGAAUUCUGUUUCUCAAGAAACAAAGCUGUACUAUUAGCAACGCUGCUAAUGCUAGUCAUAGCACAACUGGAAUAUACUGCAUGUUUUAGCUUGAGCGCAUUAGCCAAAACAAGUUUAAAAAGAAACAAACUGGUUUAUCAUCAUCAACCUGUAUGGGGGUGAUAUAAAGAAUGUCAUAAACUGUGCUUAGUCACGCUAAAACUACUGAUGCUACAGACGCUAGCAGGAACUUGUGUAUUAAAACUACUGUUUGCUAAGUGCAUAAGGCUAUAUUGUAAAUGUUACAAAUUUUUAUUUUUCUGCUGUUUUGUUUUUCUUAACUUAUUUAUGAAAAUGGUAGAUGUUUCCAUCUGCUUCUGACAGUAAUAAAAUGUUAUUAAGGAUAAUUAUUGUAAUAAUGUAAUAAUGCUAUUUUAAUAUAAAUCUAAAUAUGUGAGAAUCA